CCACGACUCCGCCCCUAGCUCUCUACAUCCUGGAGGAAUGCAAGCCUCAAAUCCGCCUAGCAGCUAAAAUGCAUCUGGAAUUCCUCUGAUGAGAAGGAUCGGGCGGGUAAAAAAAAAAGGAAAAGGAGGGAGGUCUGCUCUCCCUCUCCCUCCUCCCCUCCUCCCGCGCCCAUGUCUUUUGCAUGGAAUUUUUUUUGCAGCAGUUCCAUGCUAGAGGUCUCCACCGAGCUGCACAAAUAGGAACUGGCUGCAUCGGAAGGUUGCUCUUUCUUUUGUGCAUCAUCACCCAGCGAAGUCGGCGCAAGUAAGAGAGCCUUUGCAGUCUUCAGGUUCUGGUUCCCGUCCGUAACAAAGACUUAAUAAUCCCUCCGCCCCCAGCCUGAAAGCAAGAUUUUGGCGUGGAGGACAAGAAAAAGGCCGGGGAAAUCCGUACGCCACGUCUUCUCUGCUCUCGCUCCCUCGCCAAAGGGCUGAUGGAGAGAGAAGGAAGGAAGAUGAUGCAGAGAUAGAGGGAGAGAGAGAGAGAGCUCGAUGCGUGCUACUACUGCAGCAGCAGCACUGAUCACAAUAGCACAUCUGCAAAGCCAUUGUCCCAACCUUACGUCUGCGCAGGAUCAGACCUACUGGCCGAUUCCCAGCCUUAAAGCCUGGCGACUGGAUCCUGCCUUCACCAGCUUGGGUCUUUGGGAGAAGAUCCCCUCUGCUCCCCCUCCCCCAGCUCCGGUCUUUUCUCACCCUUGAUUGUAUAUAUCUUUCUGCAGUAUCCUCUUUGAGAGCUCAGCCUCUCUCUGCUUUACUGCUCUGUUUUGGAUGUUUCCGGAGUAGGAGAGCUAAUGCUGAGCGCCGACAGGAUGGAAGAGUUUCAAAGCGAGGAAGAGGAACCCUGGUACGACCAACAGGACUUGGAGCAAGGUAAGGAAACGUAUAAAAAAACCAAACACUAUAGCACCAAAGCCAUGACGAUCUUCACACAAGGAAAAGGGAUAGGGACACAGAAGCAAAUAGGCUGGAAAACGCUUCCUAAUCCAACUUCUGAAAUGCCAUUCUCUCCCCGCCUUCAAUACCUGAAAGACUGCACCAUCUCUCAGGGGAGCUAAACCAUCGAAUUGUAAAUUUCAUAUUUCACCGUACAUCAAUGGGGAACUCUUUAAGUUAAAAGGCCUCUGUAGACCCAGGGAAAGAUGCAUACAUUUUGCCCCAAGUUAUCCAAAUGGGAAAAAUACGUCAUCAUGUCAUUAGUGUUAGUGGUGUUAGACCUCUGCAAAACUGGUCACGGCACUUGAUUUGAGUCCAACUGUUUAGCUGUUAAUGCUAAUUUAUAUUAGAUUAAGUCAUGUUGGUUACAGACAAUUGUAAAUCAGUAAGAACUGACUUGUACGGAAAUGGGAGAGAGAUAUAAUGAGAAUGGAGAAAGUUUUCAGUUGCAAACAACCAAAAGUAAGUGAACCAUAUUAUUUUUUUUGAAAGAUAGAAAUUUGUUUUGUACGUUUCUUUUUAAAUGAGCAGCCACAAAUUUAUGCUGUAUGCUUUCAAUAUUUGCUGUAUGAGCUGCAGUGAGCUGCAUUUUAAAAAUCAAAUUAUUAUUUGUGUCAAAAUCUUACUGACCACUAGGAAAUCUCUCCUUUUCUUAUAUGAGAGCCCCAAAAAUGAACCUUCCUAUGCUCAGUAAAAUAAAGGAAUUGAAGAUAAACCUACAACUGUAAUAUUGAAUUAAAUGCAGACAUGACAGUUGGUGAGAUAAUCUCUUCAACUAAUAGCUUCACAUGGAUGCUGUUGGAACGUAAGUUUUCAUAACUUCAGUUGCGCAGGAGGAAAUGAGAAAAGACUAAACAUUCCAUUUACAUCAUCACACACUUAAACUAAUAAAAUAUACGCAGCCUAGAUAUUAGAGGUGCAAAACAUUCAUGAAACUGGAGAUCAAAUCAAUACCCUUGUAUUGUGGAGAGAGAGCCAUAGCUAAGCAUUUUAUAUCCCAAUGAAUUAAGCAUGUCCUUAACUCUUAGAUGUACUUUGGCCAGGUUGUGGCCUUACAUUUGGGGGAUGGGGUGUUUCAACUUGCUCCAUCCCAUCAAAAGGAAGGCAGGAUCCUAAGAUGGAAUGCAAAAGUGAGGAUUCUGUGUAGGGAAUCUAGGUUAAAACAAUUGACUUGAUCCUGAACAGCAUACAACUUGACCUCAAUUUCUUGAGGCAGCAUCAAGAAAGUAAAUACGAUAUAUUCCCACCCCCCAAAAAGUGAGGUCACUAUGAGGGCUUGCUUGGUGACACUGAACCCAAAGUGUGACAGUGUUCAAGAACUUAUGCUUGCUUAUGUGAAUGUGAAGGGAGUUUGAAUAAUAUGAAAAGAACUGAUGCUUCCAGAGGAUGAAAACAAUUUGGAGAGCUACCAUAUCCUUGCAUACCAUUUUAAAAACUUGAGCCAACACCUAAGUGCCUAGGAUGGGAGCAAGCCAACAGUAACAUUAGCAUAACAUCAGUAAACAUAAUUUUCCACUGGCAUUGCAGGUGGUGUUCCAUGCUGAUAAACUGUCACAGUUAUUGAGGAACAGGGUCCAGGAAAAUAGUGGUUGUAAUAAAGAAGCUUAAAUCAACUAGGAAUAUGAACAUGGAGAAGAUGUUGAGGUCUGCUAUUGCUUAAUAACUACAACCACAGUUAAUAUGUACAAUACACAAAGCUGACAAGUACUUACAGUAUUAUAUUCCGUGCAACUGCAUUGAAGCGGAAUAGUGUCUGGUUGAUUACUGUCUCUUAAGUUUAACACAUUAUUGCAGGCUUGUCGUUUUUUUAGUUGGGAAAUGCAGAAGCUUUUAAAAGGUGCAGAGUGUGUUAUGCAUUGCUAAGAGGAUCAGGAUGUGAGCCUUCUGGGGGUCACGGAGGCAAGGUAAUAUUUGGCAGCAGAUUCAGACAGGGUGAGUGACCUUUCCUGCAGGUUAAAAUGCUGAAACUGCUGAAGGCAAAGUAAUGUGGGAAUGACAUCGGUCUUGAUGACUCCAGUUUAUAAUGUGAUUUUGCUCGGUUAUCAAAAGUGUUCUUUAUGUAGGAAUAAUAAAAGCUGCCUCCCAAGCAGUCAGUACUUUAAGUAGGAAUUCAGCAAAGGGUUAUUAUGAUCACUAACCACUUAGCUACUGGUUCAUUAUACCCACAUUCUAAGCAUAAUAUCUCCAUACAGUACUAGGUUCUUUUCUUUUCUCUGAAUUUCCAGCUGUUUGGAUAUUCACGUCUCUGCCUCAGUAAGUUUGCUUUCAUGAACUAUCAGUUUAGUUAUGUCUUUCACUGCCUAGAGACUUCACAUGAGGCAGUUGUGAAGUACUGUAUUAACAAAUAAUAAGUUCUAGGGUUUCCCCCCUUUUCAUUAAUUAUGUCACUUAUCUAAAAGCCAUGUUUGAAUGAUGCACAUUGAUCCCUCUUGCUCUCUCCUUGUAAUACAGGGUAUUUUGUAUUCUACAUGGUAAAGUCAACUGGUAGCCUAUGUGGAAUGAUGAAAUAGCAGCUUCUAGUUGUAAUAUCAGCUUCUGUUUGUAAGGGAAAACAGCUUUCUUUCCCUUGUGGUGUUGAAAAUUAAAUGAAGAAUGUCUUUUGAAUUCUGAAGUACACUGCACAUGGCCUUGCUCUUCGCCUGACCAUCCUCCUCCUCCUCUCCUUGCCCUUAAAUGUAUACCAGUCAAGAACAUUUCUCUCCAAUGCAAGGCUUCAUUUAAAACUAAACUGGAAGCAAUUUGGAGAGUAUGUGCAAAUUUGAGAUCUACACACUCUUUGCAGAGUUCCUGUUCCUGAAUAUAACAGAAGCCUACACCCUUGACUCUAAUAAUUUAAGCGGCGUGUUUACUUACUGUUUAUGUUAUUGUCUGAGAAAUACUAGUUCCUUAAGAAAGGGGGAUUAGACUAGUUGACUUUCAGGUUUAUUUCAGCUCUUUGCUUUUAGAAUGCUUUUCAUAGAAAAAAACUACUGGGUAUAUUAAGUGAUUUCAGAUUUAGCAGUAUGACUGAGCCUUUUUCAGGUAAUAUCAGCUUCUGUGUAUAGUUUCAGAUUUAAUUCAGCCAUUGAACUUGAUGAAUAUUGACAAAUGGGUUUAUUUUGUUUCCAGCAGUAAGAUUUUGUAGCUUUUUUAUUUUUAGACAUGCUUUUAUUGUUGACAAACAGCUGGUGAUGGCACUGUAAUACUACACUUAAAACAAUGCCACUAAAUUGUAGCUUAUGUUGCUUUAAUGCUUGCAAAGAACAGUCUAUAGAAAAAACCGGUUUGGCAGAGCGAGAGUGUAAACACGGAUUUUGUUUAAUCAGAAACCCUUUUCCCAUUUGCUGAAGACAUGCGUUGUGUGGCCUUGUUCCUUUAAGGAAGUCCUGCAAUUGGAAUGCAUGAAUGAAAGUAGAGCUGUGGAGAGAAGUGGAGACAAUGAGCCUUGUUUCUGGCAGCUGGAACAUGAUGAUGUGGCUGUACUGACAUAAUGCAGUAACUUCCCAAGGAAUGUUUGCUAUGAGAGCUCAAGGGAGUGAACUAGGAAACCUAAACUAUAAAGAAUCAGGGGAAUAUUUCUACUUCUUGGCUUAUUAUUUAGUUCAGAAUAAAUAUACCAGAAGAGAAUUGCAGUCACAGGCCAAAUAGCCUGCCUAGCUGCUAUGGCUCAGCAGGCAUGAUGUUCAUGCAAGUGAUAUACACAAUUAUUUCAUUUUUUUCAUUGAUGUUUUACAUUUCUACUCUCUCUCUCUAAGAUGCUUAGGGUGAUGUGAUUGGCCCCCCAUUUUCCCUUAUAACAACUCUGAGUUGGAUUAGGCUAAGACAUAGUGAUUGUCCCAGGCUUAUCAACUGAGAGUCAUGGUUUAACAUGGAUUUUAAUUACUUGCAUGCGCACGCACAUACACACACACACACGCAUAUCUGCCAUUGUUUGUUUCCAUUGUGAUCCUUGGUGGUAAACAAGGAGGAGGAAUAUAGUCAACAGCCAUUUAACGGGGGUGGGAGGGCAUCUGUACUUACUUUCAGAAAUAACAAUAGUUUGCUCCAGGAGUGAAGUACUUCACAUCCGUUCUGCUUGCACUGCUGUUCUUCUCACCUGUUCCCCACCCCCUUCCUAAGCUGAGAAUAAACCACGUAGUAACUGGUACAUAGAGCAUGUAAGAAAGGAUUCUUCUUUGCAUUAUGUGAUGUGUGAGUUAGGAUGAAGGAGGCUGCAUUGCAAAACAAAUCUGCAUUGCAAAACAAAUCUACCUAAGUAUUUCUCCUACCUGGGAAGACAGAACUCGUUACAGGCUUCUCCCAAGUCUUUUUAUGUGUUGCAUUUGGGGACAAAUCAACGUAUGGAGGGAAAGGUUGCAGAUAGGAGUAGAGCCAGCAGGCAUGAUCCCAACUUCCGUCUGUUUAAGGGUCCUGUUUGUCCUGUUUGAACAUGGAUAGGCUCUUGUAUGCUUGACUGGGAAACCUUCAUUUUUCCAGGAUACUAGAUGUUAAGCACUUUCAGGUAUAUUUGCGUAGAUUCCAUUCAUUUGGGACCCAUGAGUUCAUGGAAGUCCAGGAAAGGACCAGCAGGUGUUUGCUGACCACCUGUACAGCACUACUGACUUUCAGCUAUGCAAAGAGAAGCAGCAACAAAUUACUGCUAACCAAACAUAAACAGUAGGGAAAUACCUAAUAGUAGCUCCAGCAGUAAACCAGGCAUGAACUGCUAAUGCAAACAUACCAUAUGUGUACACUUAAGCCAUAUAAUGUUAAUGCCCACUCCAGAGCACAAAUCUAAGCAUUCUUCUCUCUCAGGAUCCGUAGUCUGUUUAGGCAACUUGUCACUUGUUUUGCUCACAUGUAACAACACAAAAUGAUGUUACUGUCUUUCACUGUGGGCUCCGGCAUUCAUUAUGCUUCAUCCUUGUACCAAGAUGUAACUGCUGCACUUUCCACUAGGUGUCUAUAAAUCUUUUGAUACAGAAGAGUAGCUGUUAACUGCAAAAGUUUUUCAAAGUACUGUAUUCAUUUAAAGGGCUUCAAAGGGAUAAUUGCAAUGUAAUAUGUUACUUGACGGUAACUAACCUGGAGUGUGUUGCAGUGACGAAGAAUGCGCAGUUACAUCCUGUGUCUUCAGCAUUGCUAAUACUCCAGUUGUUGUUUUUUAAGAAUCUGAACAUUUUCAUAGAGUUUCUGGGCAAAUGUAUUCAACAUGUAAAUCAGCAGGUUUGCCACUCAUAUGAAAUGUGAAUAUAUCUUAAAACUUGAACAAUUUUUUAAAAAAGUAUAUUGCUAGAUGAGGAGGUUGAUAAAAACGACCCGGUUGGCAAGAAAAGAUUGUUGGAUUAUGUAAAACCAUCCUAAUCACAACUUUAGGUAAUAAUAAAAUUACUUUAUUGCACUAGCCAAAGACCAUGGCAUCAUUCUCAAAGGGAACAAAAAGAAAAGCAAUAAAAACCAUAAAAACAUCAGGCACUGCAGAUACAAUAAACCACGAUCACAUCUCCUAAAAAUUAUUUGUUGCAUACGAUAGAAUAGCAGGGGGUUCUCAGAUAGAAUAUGCCAGCUUAAAUGUCCGAAUCACCUUUGCAAUUGACCGCUAUUUUAUCUAGUUCUUUUCUCCUGAUCUUCUUAGCUGCCAAUGCAUAGAGUGCUACUUUAUAAGUUACGAAGUCAUCAGUAUCACUCAGCAGCCAUUUCACCCUUUCCACCCUGUUUGAGUGUGUUCCAUUCAUAAGCAGGGGUUUUAUAAAUCGAUCUCCUGGUUCUAUAUGUAGUGGGCAUUGCAAUAAAUAGAGGUUGCCCACACAGACAAACUCUCUCCUUGUACUGUACUUUGCCGUACCGACCAUCCACCACCGCCGAGGGCAUCGAUUGGAAUCGUAAUUCUGUAAAAGCGAUUCUUAGUAUGGUAAGUGGGAGCUUUGUCAAAUAAUUAGCUCAGAUGUGCUCCGUUUUGAUAAGUGGGAACCAUGGUGAACUUUUGGUAGAGACAAUUGUGGUUAAAUCCCUUUCUGCAUCGGACCUGAAGAGACAAUCUCUUAAGUGCCUCUUAUCCAUCCAUCUUCAUGAUCACCUGAAGAUCUUGGGUCAAGAGGCAUUGGAUGCCAUCCUUCCAACAUUUGGUCUGUUCCUGCUCUGUGUGGGAAAAUCUCUCCUCUGAGAGAGAUUCAAGUCUUUUCACAUAGUUUAGACACAGAUAGUCAAUUCUAGCCCAUAUUGCACAACUUUAGGUAAUUCACCAGAGCAUUGCUACCUCAUGGCUUGCCCAGAAAUUUCUCAGCCAGAUUAGUCAGUUAGAAAUACAUAGUUUAAUUAAAUUUACACAAGACCCUUCUUUUUCCCCCCAUAAUGCAUUUUAGGCAAUGAACUUGGCCAGCCUUAUUGCUAAAGCUGGGGUGUAUGUUUUGUUUGAUUAGUGGGGAGGCUUUUGGGGUGGAGUUGAUAGGGGCCUAAAACUUUCUGCAGUGUCUCUCUCUGCACCCAGUUAACCACUCUGAAAUUCAAGUCCGUACAUUGCUGGGAAUUCAGAAAUACAUGGGUUAUUUUAUUGGCUAGGUUUUGUAAACAAAUGUACAAUAACUCUUAUUUCUGACAUGGCCAGAAAUACUUAUCAGAUACACCAGACUGAAGCAUUGUGGAUAAAGAAGGGAAUGAAAAAGGUCACUCCAUGGAGUGGCAGAAAGCUUCCCAACUUGUCUCAUAAAUCUGGUUGUGCUGCUCUGAAGAAGCGUGAUGCAGAUUGCCUGGCACUGUGGGCUGUACCGCUGUGAUUGGCUGGAUGUUGUUUGACCCAAAAUCUGCGCAGUCAGAAGGAUGCUGCUGGCUAUCUCUGCAGUAUCUGAAGCUCUUAAUUAUUUAUGAGUCUAAACAAGCAGGUGUGUUCAGCUAGUGGAAACUUUUUCUCCUAACUGCUGAGCUGCCAUACUGCUAAACCAGUGGCCUGUGUAAGAUGCAGAGGCAAAUAUUAUAUUUAGUUAUUAAAUUUAGAGCAGGGAAACCCUUUUGAACCCAAGGGCCAGAGGCCAAAGUAGAUGGUGGAGCAAUUAAUGUGAUUUUUUUCUUUGUACGGUAGGCUACUUUCUUCGCACACGCACAUCCCUCUCUAUCUUUCAUUCAAGCAAGCAACUUGAGUUCAAGGACAUACUGCAGCCAGGAAAAACCACUCGAGGAAGAUGUGGAGGAGGACUGGUGAGGGGUGUACCCUGAGGAGAGUUCAGAGGGCCAGCUAUGGAGGCAUAAAAUGCUACAUUUGGCCCUCGCUUGGUUUUAGAGCCUCUUCCAGCAUUAAAAAUAAAAAUAAAAAAUUGUGGGCACAGAAGUGCUUCAUGAAUAAUUUCCACAGUUAAAUUGUAUUAUAGGAAAUACUAAUGCAAUCAGGCUUAAGUAGGGCUGGACGAUAUCAGCUUUUUGACGAUAUACCGAGAUGUUGAAAAAACUGCAUUGGCCUCUGCCCACGAGGCACCUGGUGAAACUGCCCCAGCUUUCACCUCUCACCUCACAACUCAUUGUGUCCUCUUCAUUUUGUAGCAGUAUUCACAUGGAUUAAAAAUGUAAUGUGGAAAGGCAGCCCCUUCCAUGGACUAGAUUCUGGUCACUGGAACAUGUCAAGGAGAUUCCGAAAUUGAUUUUCUUAAAGGAAAGAAAAAUCCACACACACCCCGCCAAAUCUCCUGGAGAAAGGGAAUUAUUUAUGCACAGAUUGAUCUGUAACUUCCUGUGAGAACCUCCUAUGGAAGAUCUUUUUAGCACUUGGUUCCACAUGCAGGAGAGAGUAGAAUUAGAAGGAAAUUGCAGUUAGAAAGUCAAGCCAGUGGGUGAUUUGAGGGCAGGGGAGAAGCAAAAUGGAUCCUCUGAACCUUGGAAUGGCCACCUGGCUGCAGAUGUUUCUCCCUGUCUAAUCUAUAAAUAGAAAAAUUUGCCUCAUGAAUCCUAAAUGUCAUUCCAACCCUAGCGACAUAGACUUGUAUUAGUCAUUUGUGGCACGUCAGCAGCCUAGGAGGAGGGGGGGAAAGCAAUUUGUUUUGCAACUUAGAAAAACCUUCCUGAAUACCUGCCUGAAAUUAUUUUUUAAAUGGGCACAAUCCAGCACUCCUGUUGGAAUCAAUGAGAUUGGAAAUCAAAGGGUCUUACAUUCUGCCAGAUCACAACCUCUGCUAAAUUGCCAAUAUCAUCUUUCAGUAAUGGAGUAUUUUGCUGCUGCUUCUUUUUCAUUUAAGCUAUCAUUUUUUGAUAGCUGAUAGUUUUAGCCUUUUAUCAUAUGACUGGUCUUCUAUACCUAUUAAUAUUUCAAUAUUUCUCUGUUUUACUCCCUUUAAUAGUGAAGUCAGGUGCUGAGGGUCAACAGAAUUGGAGCCCAAAGGGGAGCCAUUAGGAAACAAGAUGGGGGAGGUAUCUGCAUCCUCAGGGAAACCCCAAGAUUUGCAAAACUAAGUCUCCCCCCCCCCUUUUUUUAAAGUGGCAGCCUCUCUCCCCCCCAAAACAGUCCAAGGACUUUGUAGCCACAGAACACUGAGAGUCCAGUUGCAAAAGAAAACCUGGGAAGGGCAAGUGAGGUAUAGAAGUUGGAGGAAAGGGAUGGCUAGCUGGCUGUUCCUGUUAGGAGAUAACGAUAUACUGCAACAUUUUGGUUGCAGGUCCCACUUGUUCCUUACUAUUGGUCACCAUGCUUGUGUCUUUACUGUGCCACUAUCAUACUACAUGAAGCAUGAAGGGGAUUCUUAUGUGCGUUUGAAGUAAAUGGGUACAUGGCUCCGAAGGAAGGUGCGGUUUGGAACGGUGCUCUUGAGAAUGAAUAGUAAUGGCUCUGCACCAUUGGCUCCUUCCCAGAGAAUUAUUAUUAUUUCUGCUCAGUCACCUACACAGAGUGCAGCAGUGAGUGCAAAGGAUUAUGGGGACUAGGUAGCCUGUUUCUAAAGACCUGAACAACACAGAUAAUGAGCUGGUUAUGUUGAGGGCUGAAGAAUAAAGCAACCAUGAGGUCGGUCAGGAUCCCCAGCUUCGUAUGACGCACGGAUGCAGAAAGGAGUUUGGGAGUUUCUGCAGUGCAGCUCCUUCCCACAUGACUACGGUAAUGUAAGAAGCUCCAGGCCACAUGGGAGGUGGGUGUUCUGCGUCUCCUCCCCACACCAGCAGGAUUCCUCCUGGAAUCUAGGACAGAAGCUGGCGCAGGAACAGGCUGCAGCAGGGGCUCCUCUUAUGUGCCCAAGUCUUCGGAUGCUCUCUUCAUGGUGCAGGAAGGAGCAGGCUGAACCACAAGAAGUGGCUCUGUGUUAACAAUAACCCAGAUUCCCAGUGUUCACGUAGAUGUUUAUGCCUCUUGAUUGCUCUACCUUAGUGUAUCUCUGAAAGGUAGCUGCAAGCACAGACUCUUCCUGAUUUAGUAAGAGUAUGCAAGGAUCACCCAGGUUGUAGACAAGUAUGAGGACAGGGAAAAGGUUAUUUAUUGUUGGCAAAAUGCUGGGAAAUACAUACGCUUCAGGUUGCAUACGCUUCAGGUUACAGACUCUGCUAACCCAGAAAUAGUACCUCGGGUUAAGAACUUUGCUUCAGGCUGAGAACAGAAAUUGUGCCCCGGCAGUGCAGCGGCAGCAGGAGGCCCCAUUAGCUAAAGCGGUGCUUCAGGUUAAGAACAGUUUCAGGUUAAGGAUAGACCUCCGGAAUGAAUUAAGUACUUAACCUGAGGUACCACUGUAAAUGCUUUAUGUUAGGCUACUCCGAAGAAGACCGGGCAUCUUAGAAUAUCCUGGGGCAGUAAAAAUGCUCAAGGAGCGUGGUCUGGAUGGUGCCCUUUGCACGUCUUGCAGAAGAGUUCUUUCCCAGGGAACACAGGCCCAUAAACUUAAAGAGAUUUAAACUGGAUUAAAGUAUCAUGGUGUUGACUUGUGGGAAGCAGAAGUUACAAAUCAGACUGAGCCACUCUCCAUUUUGAUUCUGAUGUAGUUGGUCAGGAACCUAUUUGAGAGUAGAUUGACAUGAUUUACAUAUUGUUGCACUAAGAACAAAGGAAGAGUCUGUGAAAAUGAUUCCUAGGCUUUAUGCUUACCUGCUGCUACAGAGGGCUGAAAAGUGGUGUGGCCCAUGAUAGAGACAAGCAGGUUCUCCAGACACUAAUGAGUGGCUGCCGAUUGAACAGCAGGUUCUUUUCCUUCAUGCAACUAUGUACUUUGCUAUCCACAUACUUUUAAGUGGCUGCAUUGGCGAGAGGAGAUUUUUUAAAUUAUACUUUUCUUUAUGGGGAGGCUGAUGAGAGGAGAGGAGUGCUUUGUGGUUUAACUAAAGAGAAACUGAUUUGGGGGGGAUCUAGUUAUGGGCUUAGAUACAUUAAGGGAGGGUUUAUCUAUAGAUUAUCUGAGAAAUCAACUGGUUAGCUUUCUGAGAAAUAGGUAUUGUUGUUGCAGCCAAAAAAAAAAGAAGUGACCUCAGACAAGUGGCCUGGUGUUUGGAGGACCAGGCUCUUGCUUGUCUCUUUGCCUCAUUGGUUUGCCUUCUAUGAAAUGGGUAUUGUGUUGCAGUAGGCAAAUGGGGUGCUUCAAUGAAUUGCUUAGUGUUUUCAGCUCAGAGAGAGAGAGAGGGGAAAAAAAUAGCCUGUGCAUUGUAACUUCUCAGCUUCCACAUCUGUAAAAUGGGUAAUUUUUUUUGUAGAAAGACUUCUGCCUCCUUAAUUCCUCGAUCAUACCAUGUGUGACUUCAUUCAACUCAGUAGCAUGGCUCAUUUUCUUGAGGCAUCUAUCUGCUCUUCGUGUAUGUUUUUUCUGCUUACUGUUCGUAGCACAGUUGUCGUCUGGAUUGCCUUUCAUUUUUGGGGUCUUGAUAUCAUGUGUGGAUAAGCAUUGCCCUUGUGUUUUUAUGGGGGUGGGGUGCUGCCAACUGGUCAAGCUCUGCCUCUUAUCUUUAACAUGCCAAACUCAGUGGUUGUAUUUGUAACAACUUCACUUUGGGAGGCACCGGCUGCCACUGCGUUCUUGAUUCCUGAACUGAUGCUCUGUUUUCCAAAAUUAAUCUUGUUGUUAUUGUUUAGUCGUUUAGUCGUGUCCGACUCUUCGUGACCCCAUGGACCAGAGCACGCCAGGCACUUCUGUCUUCCACUGCCUCCCGCAGUCAAACUCAUGCUGGUAGCUUCACGAACACUAUCCAGCCAUCUCGUCCUCUGCCGUCCCCUUCUCCUUGUGCCCUCCAUCUUUCCCAGCAUCAGGGUCUUUUCCAGGGAGUCUUCUCUUCUCCUGAGGUGGCCAAAGUAUUGGAGCCUCAGCUUCAGGAUUGUCCUUCCAGUGAGCACUCAGGGCUGAUUUCCUGAAGAAUGGAGAGGUUUGAUCUUCUUGCAGUCCAUGGGACUCUCAAGAGUCUCCUCCAGCACCAUAAUUCAAAAGCAUCAAUUCUUCGGCCUUCUUUAUGGUCCAGCUCUCACUUCCAUACAUCACUACUGGGAAAACCAUAGCUUUUACUAUACGGAUCUUUGUUGGCAUGGUGAUGUCUCUACUUUUUAAGAUGCUAUCUAGGUUUGUCAUUGCUUUUCUCCCAAGAAGCAGGCGUCUUUUAAUUUCGUGGCUGCUGUCACCAAAUGAAUCUUAGGGACAAUUUAAAUGUUCAGCAAAAUCAAGCAGUAAAACGUUCCCUUGUUGUACCACACUUGACUCAGGUGUGCAAAGCAAAAUGCUUUUUUUGAAUGUGUGGAGACUUUUUGUCAUGGGAUAUCGUUCGGACUGGCAAAGCCCCUCCUUAGCCAGUUGAAAUAACCAACAAGGACAAAUUCCACUUCUUAAUUCUACUUAAGCUGGCCUUUUAGUACCACAAUACUAACAUGGUUUCUUUAUUUGCCAUUGAGUUGUUGUCAAAUGCUUGAAAAAUUGUAUUUUAGUAUGUAUAAUAUAUCUAGUGCUUGUGUAUGUAUAUAUGUAAUAUAAUAUAAUAUCUACACAGAGGUGGAUUAAAUGGGCAGCUGGCGAUUAAAGUGUGUUGUGUAGACCUUCAUCAUUUUACACUGAUGGUUAUGAAAUCCACAAUUUGUUCAGUUGUAAAGAAAGGCUAGCAAUCUCAACUCUGGUUAGCUUAGUCUGGAGUCAUGAGUGUUACAUUUCCAGAGGAGUAGACAUGUUAAAACUUGCAGCAAAAGCUACAGAGAGGCUUGUGGCACCUUAAAGGCUAGUUGCCUAACCUAGAGUCCUCGUCAAGUUGCCGUGGAGCAGAGGAAUGAUGAAUGAAGGUCAUGAGGUUCCUAAAAAGCAUGCCGCAAAAAGCUUCCUGACACUGUAUAAAUUUUAAAAAGGUUUAAAAUCUCUGGAGGUUGAAACACAAGAAGUUAAAGGCAGAGAUAAACCAUUAAAUCUCCCUUCUUUGGCUUGAAAGACCUGCAAACAAAAUGUGGCUUUGGAGGCCAGUAUUACCUGAGACGUCAAAAAUGCCCAAAGUAAGCCCUCUCAGGACAUAGGAGAUGAUAUCAGAUAAUGUGUCAUGGCCUCCUUAAGCACACUUACGAAAGCAAUUGAGAUCUGAACAGCAAGAGUCUUGGAAACAUCUACUGAUCACAUAAGUUGUCUCAGACCAAGGAGAGAAGACAGACUCAAAAGGCUAAACAAAGCAACAAGCAUUGGUAGAUAAGGUGAGCAAUAUUUUCAUGGAAGAUGCAGACACUGUACUGUCUUCACUUUGGAGGCUUCAAAAAAGGAGCUGAAAAUAAUGAUUUUCUUUCUUACCACCUGCAUUAAAGAAGCUUUAGCAAUGGAACACGCAACUGGGAUAAGAGCAGUCUCUACGGGCCUCUUUUGACAUUGUUAUGUUUCUGCGUUUUCACGACAAGAAAACUAUUAAGAAAGAGCAGCGACUGUUAAAGCAUGAAGUUGAAAGCAUGAAGGGUAUUGUAUUUCAGUAUUUCAAGGUCUCUCUGUGGAAAUGAUGCAUAAGUCCAAAAUUAUGAACUCAUCACAGUCCUAAUAGUUGAAGGAUUACAACAAUGAGGGGGACUUGCUCUGUUGUGCUGAAGUGUGUGGUGCUCUGAAGUGUGUGGUGGCAAUAAGCCCCAGAUUAACCAUUUUUACAAGUUUAAAGGACAAAAAGAAGAACUGAGGCAGCCCCCAGAUUGUAUCAUACAGGAAUCCAAAGGAGCUUGCUUUCUGAAACAGACCCACAGCCCAAACUGAGUCAUGAUUUGCUGAGACCAAAUUGAAUCCAAGUUAUGUGGAUUCCUCCCUCAUCCCUAAAGGCAACUGAAAACCUCUGAAUAUAACCAAUUGUGUUUUGAACAAACCACGGUUAUAGGUGAAAAAAAAUGAGAAUUUGAAAAGGUUACUCGAAAAAAUAGUGAAAUGGAACGACUUUUGAAAGAUGGCAUUAGAAUCAUUUGUAACAUCUCAGUAAGAUUCGAGUGCUAAUAACAUGGUAUGUUUGAAAAGCCGAAUUUAUUCUGAAACAAGAGAUAUGGACAAGCUUACAUCCUUGGUGGUAGUUCAAAGGAGAACUGUUUAAAAGUUGUGGCAUUUUGGUACAAUACCUGAGAGCCUUAAACACUUUAUAAAGAUGGAGAUGCUUGGAAUGUCCUGGUGUUCUUGGUUACUCACUUGAAUUUCUGGUGGCCUUGGCUAGCAAUUCAGUGAGCUUUUCCAGCUGGAUGAAAAGGUCUCUGCCUAAGGCGAUCAUUUUGAAUUGAUUUUAAACCACUGUUCAGUUGUUUUUUGUACUGUUUUUAAAACGAUGUUUAGCUUGUCUUAUGGUAAGCAUGGAAAUCGCCUGGUGACACAUGUAAAGGUGAUUCAUAAAUUAAUAAAUAAUAAUAAUUCUGGAUAUGUGUCCUUCACAGAAAGUACAGUGGUUGGAAUUACAGUCACUAGCUAUACUGGUUGGGAUAUGUAAAUCAAAAGAUAACUACCUGGCUUUAUAAAAUAAGCUAGAUGCUCACAGUUUAAUGAUGAAAAUCAUCUAAACCAUUAAAAGAGACAGAUUAGAUUUAUAAAUUAUAGGGGAUAUUCUAAAGAUGGACAAACUAAAUCUGGGGUCAAAAUAGAUUAUUUUAUAGCAAAAUUUUGGCCUAUGAUUGGAGAAUGCUCGAGCCAAUAUUCAUAUAUAUCUAUCUAUCAUCUAUCUAUCUAUCAAUCAUCUAUCUACAGUGGUGCCCCGCAAGACGAAUGCCUCGCAAGACGGAAAAACCGCUAGACGAAAGGGUUUUCCGUUUUGAAGUUGCUUCGCAGGACGAAUUCCCCUAUGGGCUUGCUUUGCAAGACGAAAAUACCUUGCGAGUCUAGAAAUUUUUUUUUCGCUUUCCCCCCCCUUUAUCUAAUCUGCUAAGCCUUUAAUAGCCUUUAAUAGCCUUUUAGCAGCUAAUCCCCUAAGCCUUUAAGCCUUUAAUAGCCGCUAAACAGCUGAUAGCGCUAAUAGCGCUAAUCCGUCAAUGGGCUUGCUUCGCAAGACGAAAAAACCGCUAGACGAAGACUCUUGCGGAACGGAUUAAUUUCGUCUUGCGAGGCACCACUGUAUAUCUAUCUAUCUAUUCCUGAGAUUAGUCCUGAGAGAUAUAGAAGGAUUUAUUUGAAUUAAACCUUAAUUCAAUAUAGAGUUUGAUUAAUGGAUGAAUUAAACAAGGAUUUAGUCAGCCCUUUCCUUGGUGGGAUAAGGAACAGAAGGGACAACGAUAGGAUUGGUUAAUUCUUUCCUUGUGUUGCAUUUUUUGUGAAGGAACAAUUAAUAUAUAUUUUUUUAAGUUGCCCUAGAGCUGAUCUGAUUGUGACAAAUGUGUUGGGUCACCCAGAGCAAUCUCUGUCACCAUGGCAACAUGGUUCCUGAGCUGGUGUUAUUUCAUUCUACAGUGACUUUCUGGCUUGCUUCCGGCUUUGUGUUUUCUUAACUGCAAGGCUAUCUGCCCUCCUUGUUGCUCUCGACAUAAUUUGUCUUAACUGCUCUGACAAAAGACAGCUGCUAGAACUCCUCCUUCAAGACAUCUUGAAUAAUAUUUAACAUAUUUAUUCCAAAUCUGCCUGUAUGUUUGUGUAGAAGUGCUAAUACUUUUGAUUUUACAGAAAAAUUGCAGUGAUUUUCCCAAGGUGACCCUGUAGUAAGGUGACCCUCUUCGUAGAUGGACUUAGGAUUGCAGCCUCCUAAAUCCCACUGGAUUUAGUUGGACAUACUUCUGGGUAAAUAUGAGUAGGAUUGCACUAUUAAUUAAGCAUGUUACCUGCUUGGUAGCUGAAUUAAUGGUCCCCCAUAACUUGCAUGUGUGGUUCGUAUCUACCACAUGCAUUCGAUAUUAUGAACCUGGCUCAGUUCGGACAAACCACCCUCCUCCUUGUUGAACUUCUUUUGUUUCAGCAGGCCUUUUAAGUAACUUUUCCGAUUUUGUAGUUAGUUAGUUUAAUCUUUAUUGUAGCAUUUUAACCUUAUGGUACACUGGUUAGAGAUUAAAGCGUUAAACCUGUGUAUAAAUGCUUGAAGUAAAAUAGCUGAAAACAAAAUAUGCCAUAUCAGUUCUGAUGGUGCUGUGUGACAGGCCCAGUUUGGACAAUUGUAUCUAGGCUUAAGCAGAAAUAAGCAUAAGUCUUGGGGCUGCGAGCUCUGUCCCCUUCCUUCCCUCUGUUUUUCUUGGUGUACAGUGAUGAGCCAGGAAGUCUUCAGUUAACUAUAAUUUUCCAUUUUAUCUGAACCAGAAAACUGUUUACUAUGUCAUGACUUAAAGCCAUAGUUUGACGCUGGUUUAAGAAUAUGGCAUUUCCCAAAGCUGGUAGUUUUUCCACUUGGAUGAAUAGUAAAUUAUGCUUAAUUGAAGGCUCAGCGCAGUGCACUGAGAAGGGAUGGAACUGUAUGCACAUGCAUUUUGAAACACGAGAGGAAAACAUUGAGAGGAAAGGGAAAUAUAUGCAUUGCUGACUUACCUAUGAAGCCUUGGCUCUUUUACCACCUUAAAAAUAAGAAAUGCAUUACGUUUAACUUAGGCUGCAGUUCACACAUAAAACACCACUGUUUAGAGUACAAAUGAAUUAAAAAUAUAUAAAAUCUUUCCUGUUAUUCACGAUUACGAGUAUACCAUACCUUGUGUUGGAAAUGAAAUGUUUAGCUGAUUAAGUAACUAAUUGUGCUUUUUGCAAGUUGGCAAAAAUGAAGCAAAAGUUUGCCAUGGAUGAUAAAUGAAAGAGGGCUUUUUAAAAAAAACAUUUUUUAUGGGAAGUUGUUCAGGGAAGGAGUGUUCAUACCUUUUAAGUAGAAAUCAGAGGGGGGGAAUAUGUCUCCCUCCUGAUGUUAAAAGGUAAAGACCUUAAAAUUCUUAUAAGAAAAGGUACCCCUGACCGUUAGGUCCAGUUGUGGAUGACUCUGGGGUUGCGUGCUCAUCUCACUCUGUAGGCCGAGGGAGCCGGCGUUUGUCUGCAGACAGCUUCCGGGUCAUGUGGCCAGCAUCCGCUUCUGGCAAACCAGAGCAGCGCACGGAAACACCGUUUACCUUCCUGCCAGAGCGGUUCCUAUUUAUCUACUUGCACUUGAUGUGCUUUUGAACUGCUAGGUGGGCAGGAGCUGGGACUGAACAAUAGGAGCUCACCCCAUCGCAGGGAUUCAAACUGCUGACCUUCCGAUCGGCAAACCCUAGGCUCUGUGGUUUAGACCACAGCACCACCUGCGUCUCCUGAUGUUACUGGACUACAACUCCUAUCAGCCCUGAUCACUGGCCAUGCAGGCUGGGGCUGAUGGGAGUAAGAGGAUUCAUACCUUCAAGUAGGAGUGCCUGGCACAAUAGGGCAGUGGCGUGGAGCCACCCUCCUAACUACUGGCAUUGCUGCUGGUGUACCCACAACGCCAUAACCUCACUACCCCUCGGCCUCCACCCUGUCUAGGACACAGCUCAUACACUUUUAAUUCCUCACAUGCUGUUGCUGGUGUCUGUGGGUGCAGAGUUCCUAGUUGUGUAGAAGCAAAUGUGAUUGUUUAAAGCAGCAGUUCUUUAAGAUGUUACUUCAAAAUGAAAAACCUCAUUGCCUCCCGAUGAAGACGUCCUCCGUCGCAGAAAAGAAUAAUAAUUUUCCUACGCUUUUUUUCUCUUAUACCUUUUACAGCUCCUGCAAAAAAAUUACUAGUUUUUAAAACCAUGAUGCUGGAUCCCGGGCUUUCCUAAUCCACUUAACUCAACCCCAGCAAAUUAAAUUGGAAGCCAUAUGGUGGGACAAGGCUGACGUAAUCCUUGGAUAUGCAGGGAGAACUCUGCUCUUUGUUACCUGGAGUAAGGCAGCACAAAUGUUUCUGGGUCUAUCAGCUUCCAAAUAAUAAUUAAAAAAAGAUGACAUAGAAGAAGAAGAGUACAUCAGUCACAGCCCAAGGAGCUAAUGAAUAUGACAUUUCCCUUUUGACACAAGCUGGAACAUAUUAUUUUCCUCUUCCAGUACUAACCCCUCUUUGUCACGCUUCCAAUCUCUUGGGGGCAUUUUGAAACCUGGAGGUGGCUCCUAUAAAAAUCUCUCUACCCGUAAAUGCAAUCCGCUCUUAAUCAGACCCAUUCAGGGAGUGCAGCUGCCAGACCAGGUCAUUCCGCAUCGUUAUGAUUAUUAAAAUUAAGAGCUUGUCACUUCUCAGAGUUCACCCUGGGGUAUAGUGUUCAGAGCCGGAAAUCGGGUUCCCGAGGAAUAAUCAACAUAUAUAACAAGGAGCUUAGGAAUACAUCUAAAGCCCUUGGCCAGCCUCUGGGUGUAAUUUGGUGCUUCUCUCGUACUUCUUGUCAGGUUUUAAGCAGGGAAGGACAAUUGGGAAAAGCCGAAUCUGAUUACUAAUUAACAAUUCUAUAUUUGCAUACUGUUGCAAAUGCAGUGCAGGACACAUGCACCCAGAUUUAGUUAUUUCCCUCCAUUCUAGCAUAUUCAAAUCCCACAAUCAAUAGGCCCAGUGGGCUUAAUUAUACAAAUAGUAUCGCCUUGUGUGCCUUUACAGAGGGUAGCCCUCCAUUUGAAGGGCUGUCCAGUCCAAGACGCAGUAAGGGACGCGGGUGGCGCUGUGGGUUAAACCACAGAGCCUAGGACUUGCCGAUCAGAAGGUCGGCAGUUCGAAACCCUGCGACAGGGUGAGCUCCCGUUGCUCAGUCCCUGCUCCUGCCAACCUAGCAGUUCGAAAGCACAAAGUGCAAGUAGAUAAAUAGGUACCGCUCCAGCGGGAAGGUAAACGGCGUUUCCAUGCGCUGGUCUGGUUCGCCAGAAGCAGCUUAGUCAUGCUGGCCACAUGACCCGGAAGCUGUCUGCAGACAAACACUGGCUCCCUCGGCCAAUAAAGCGAGAUGAGCGCUGCAACGCCAGAGUCGGUCACAACUGGACCUAAUGGUCAGGGUUUCCCUUUACCUUUUACCAGUCCAAGACUGGUUGAAAGAUCAAGACUCCCGCUGUUCUUUCUUUUCACAGCAGACUGUGAAACCAUACAGGUCAAACCUAUUCCUACUAUGAUAUGAUAGUGCAUCUUUCUAAAUGUGCAUCUCUCUGUCAUUAAUCAGCAUAUGCAACUUUUGAGCAAAUCAGUGUCAUCUUCCAACUUUCCCUUAGACUUAUGCAUUUCCUCUUCUUUCUUUUUUUUUGGGUGGUGUGUAACUGGCCCGCCCUCUGUACAACCUUUGCCCAAAGUGAGCUGAGGUGCAGGGUGCAAUUCCAAAAACUGCUGAUUUACCAGAAAGGCAUUUGGAUUCCAGACCUGUUAAUUCCUAUCUGAAGCCUGACAUCUGCACGUGCGGGGAAUAGGGAGGACAGCAGAGGAAGGUGUGUAUUUGUGUGGGUGGGUGUCUUGCCUCCUGCUUCUGCUAUAGCAACCAGUUCGGAACAAUAGCUCCCCAGAAGCAUUACUCAUUAAAGUCCAGGGGAACCAGGAGGAAAGGCAGUGAGUCAAUUAGCACCUCUGUGGCAGCACUGCCCCCUUUGGCUUCCCAGCAGUGUGGGAUAAUUAGGACAAUUUAUCCUACAGCUGCGCUGCCCCAGAGAGACAGCCUCUCCUUAAACGGGCAGGUGCAGCUGACUCUUCCUGACACACGAAGGAGUCUAUGGUAGGUUGUCCCCCAGGCAGCAGCCACCAACACUCCCAAGUCUUCUCACACGUUCACUGACAAAUAGAGGAUCAGAUCAGACAGACAGUGGCAGAGGCAGCUGUGAAGAGUCUGGUGGGAAGAGAUGGCUUUGUGCCUCCAGGCUGAGCGGGACUCUUGUCAGGAGCUGGAGAUGGAUGAAAUGCAGCGGGUUACUCAGUCCUUGAAAAGGACUAUAAACCCAUUCUCCGCUGGUAGUGCAUUGUAAGCGACAAGGCUGACCCUACAAGGCAUUGGACACUGUUGACUAGACCUGAAUGAAUAUAUUCAGUAUUGGCUUGGAAAAGCUGAGAGAGAGUAGAAUCUUAUCAGUCUGCAAGAACUUAAGAAAGAGUCCUCCCGGAUGAGACCAAAGGCAAUUGCUUUAGUUGCUAGUGUGUUUCAAGGCUGAAUCAAAGGUGCCUAGGGCACCUAAGGAGAGCCAGUGUGGUGUAGUGGUUAAGAGUGGUAGACUUGUAAUCUGGUGAACCGGGUUCGCAUCCCCGCUCCUCCACAUGCAGCUGCUGGGUGACCUGGGCUAGUCACACUUCUUUGAAGUCUCUCAGCCCCACUCACCUCACAGAAGGGAAAGGAGAUUGUUAGCCGCUUUGAGACUCCUUAGGGUAGUGAUAAAGCGGGAUAUCAAAUCCAAACUCCUUCUUUUCUUUUUCUUCUUCUUCUUCUUCUUCUUCUUGGGCAGCCAUGCCUUCAACGGCCACCUCUUCAUAUGCAGCAGUGUCAACUCUGUGCAUCAGGCCCUUCUCCAAAGUGCCUUAAUUUUAGAGGGGAAACAGCAUCCGCUGCAAGAUGCAAGGGCUAUAUUUCACUUGCCCAAAGGCACAGGAACGCCCUUGUUGAUCAGCCUCAUAGCCUUCUGUAGAGUCUUUGCAACCAGACUAACUUUGGCAAGCAUAUGUCUGCUGCUUCUGCCGCCAUUGUCAUUGAUAAUGACGGUAAUGAUAACAAUGAUAAAUAUAACCAUUAUUAUGGGGUUUUAUAUGCUGCUCUUCAAGCAGAGGCUCUUGGAGAAACCAACAAAUCAUAAAAUAAAACACUAAAAAGAUAAUUAGCACCUCAGCAGCCGCAAGGCCCCCCUCCUGUGCCACACUAGGGUGAGAUAAUCAGGACAAUUUGCCCGACAGCUGAGCUGCUGAAAACGAUAAUUAAGAAUCAUAAAUAAAUAAAAGCAGCAGUGCAAUAAAGUCUCUCCUCCUUAGGAGGUGGGGGGAGUCCACAUAGGAGGGGGGCGGUAUCCAGUUCUGCAGUGAUGCUCAAAAACGUUAGAGUCCCCCAUAUGUCUAAUCUGGGUCAGUGAAAAGUGGACGCCACUCCGCUUCUUGGAAGCUGGACUUUUGCAUGAAAAAUAGCAGUAUCUGCACUACCUUCAUGGAACUUAUGAGCAGCCCUGCUGGAUCAGAUUGAAAGCCCAUCUAGAUCAGGGUCGUCUUCUCAUUUCAGCCCACCAGAUGCCUGUGGGAAGCCCAAAAUCACAGCCUGAGCACAACAGGCCUUCCCCGCCUAGUGAUCCCCAGCAGUUGAUAUUCAGAAGCGUACUGUCUCAGGCAGCAGAGGUAGAACAUAGCAAGGGUCCAUUGGGUGGCCAUCACUAUCUCUUGUGGGAGCAGAUUCCAUGGUUGUAACAAUGCAAUGUAUGAAGAAGUGCUUGUUUUCGUCUGUACUGAAUCUCCCAAAGUUCAGCUUCGUUAAAUCACCCUGGCUUCUAGUACAGUGGUACCUCGGGUUAAGAACUUAAUUUAUUCUGGAGGUCCGUUCUUAACCUGAAACUGUUCUUAACCUGAGGUACCACUUUAGCUAAUGGGGCCUCCCGCUGCCGCCACGCCACCACCGCACAAUUUCUGUUCUCAUCCUGAAGCAAAGUUCUUAACCCGAGGUACUAUUUCUGGGUUAGUGGAGUCUGUAACCUGAAGCGUCUGUAACCCGAGGUACCACUGUAUAUUGAGAGGGGGAGAAAAACGUCUUUCCAACCAUUUACUUCACACCACACAUAGUUUUGUACACUGUCCUGCUUGGACCAGGUUAGAUAAUGGUCUGUGAGUUAGACAGGGCAGGUUUCUCAGUACCAUCUGCUGCAGGCUUAGGGCCAUACACAAUAACAAGGUUGGACCCAAGUCAAAAAAUAAACCAGGGUGGUGUCCAAAAACAGGAAUCAACAACUGAGGAAAUCUUGUACAUAGCAGGGCAAAGACAUCAGGCUCAGACAUAGGCAGUUGAAUGACAUAUAUCAUUCAAGCAACAGAUUCCAGCGAAGGUUGAUACAACCCAGACCAUACCCAGCCUAAGAUGCAGUUGUUUGCACUAAGAGCCCACUCACUUUAGAAGGACCAUUACUCUCAGGGAGCUCUUCAGUUAUGCAGUAAAAUUGGGUUCUCAGGCAUGCACUCCACUGUUGACCAGCUGCCUCGGAUUGGGCCUUCUGUUGAGUGCUGGUGGGUAUGUGACCUCCCCCUCUGACUUGGCUGGAGGCUCCUCUUCCAGAGGAGGGUCAGAAACUCAUCUUGAGGGUCAUUAAGUUAUCCAGACUAUAACUUCCUGGACAUUGACACUCUGACUUCGUAUUUUCUCCUUUGUCUCCAAACCAUAAGGAAUUAGCAAAACAUGGCUUUUAUGAUCCAAAACUACAGAAGGAACCUGUGCAGUUAAAAUGCAUUAUUUAUGGCACCUGAACUGCUGUACUUGCUUCUGUUGUUUUAUUAAUGCAUUAAUCUGAGGUGUUUGAAAGCUCCUUUUUUGUAGAUUUAGGUGUAGUUGUUGUUGUUUUUUUCCGUUAGCUGCCUUGAGAUUUGGGAAGAUGGGUUAAAAAUAUUUUUAAGAGAUUGAAUCAGCCCUAUCACUUGCUCACACGUGCCUGGUUCCAAAGAGCUUGGUGGAGAGGCCCUCACAGCGCGUUCUGUUUCAUUUUACUUUUCAGACUUGCACUUAGCAGCCGAACUGGGGAAAACACUGCUGGAGCGCAACAAAGAACUGGAGGAUUCUCUGCAACAGAUGUACACAACCAAUGAGGAGCAAGUGCAAGAGAUAGAGGUACCGGUGAAGCACAGGCACACACAUAAGCCAAAUAACCCGUUUUCCUGCUUCAGGCGGAGCAUGGCUGUGAAAAAGUAGACAGCUGCUUGUUUGGUAUUUUCACUGCCACAGCGCAAGCCAGGAUGAGCUGCAGCCUCAGAGAUGUGCUAUUAGGGGGAGGGAUGAAAAACACAUAUGGAAGAGGGUAGAACAGAGGUGGAUUAAGGCCCACAGCUCAAAAAGACAUUGCUGUACAUUCCUGGGAAGCCCUCCCACCCCUAACCCAUAUGUUUACAUUCUGGGCAGCAGCUUUAGUCAGGGUCACUUUGAGCUUUGUUGAGUCCCUGGAUUAGUUUCCAACAAAGUCCCUGAAAUGGGGUUAACAGUGCAGACCUAACCCUGCCUGCUCAGAAGUAAGUCCUAUUGAACUGAAUUUAGUGUGGCUUACUCCCAGGUAAGGGGGGUUAGGAUUGCAGCCUAAAUGGCUUUGUCCCCUUUUGACAAAAUGCAUCUGUUUUCCAUUGACUUUUUCUGUUUUCCUUUUUCAAAGUAUUAAGAUAGGCUUAGCAGUAGCUUACCUUGUUGUUGUUUUUUAAUAGUAAAUUCGGGCCCACCCAUGUUGCCCAUUAGGGUCAGCCUUUUAGUCAAAAGGCAUUUUAAGUGAUUCAUCCAGUCUUUUGACUAAAUGCUUUAGACCUACUGAAUUGUUUUUUGGUAUUAUGUCCCUAAUGUUGUUUUUUUUAAUGGGCUUUUAAACCUUUUUUCUUUCCAGUAUUUGACCAAACAGCUGGAAAUGUUACGGCAUAUGAAUGAACAGCAUGCCAAGGUUUACGAGCAGCUGGAUGUGACAGCGCGUGACUUGGAACUGGCCAAUCAGAAGCUUGUGCUGGAGAGUAAGACAUCCCAGCAGAAGAUACAAUGGUAAUGCUUCCUCUGGUGGGUCCUUUCAUGUCUAAAGGUAGAGGUUGCCUGGCAGUUAGGGGGGGGGACAUUCAAAACUGAGGUGGCAUUGUUAAUUCAAAAGUGAGGAUUAUAAGAACACAGCCAUUGUGACAUUUUGCAGUUUCAUAGCCCUGUUCAUGCCAGGGAACAACUGAGAUGGUGGAUCUGUUUCCAUAAUGUCCUCUGGGACAUGAAUGGAAUGCAAUAUCUGUUCCCAAGUAGGGAAAACUUUCUUCUUCCUCUUCAUUGGGAGAACAGUUUUUAAUAAGAAUUGGGUUUGUCAGCUACCCAGUGAUAGCCAGUGGACAGGUAAGUUGAUUGAUCCUACAUGUAAGCAAAUAUGAGAAUUUGCCCUUCCUGCCCUUUGCAUUGGGAUCAUCUAAGUUCUCCAUAUCUUAGAAUACGUGGUUUUUCUGUCCGUUUAAUGCUUCAAAGUGGAGGUGGAGAACCCUUUUUCAGCCCGAGGACCACAUGCCGGUGGUGGGUGGGGUUAUAGGCAAAAGUAAAUGGAGCAGCAGAUACAAAUUUUACCUUUGCACAGUAGCCUAGUACAAUAUUGACACACCCCUCUUUAUCCUCUAUUCAGAAAAGCAAGAGGCAUUAGAGUUUGAGAUACAUCCCAGCCAGGCAAAACCAUUUGUAGAGCAAAGAGGGGUGGCUUGGUGACGGUGCUGAAGGCCAAAUCAAGAAAUCUGAGGUUCCUUACCCCUGCUUUGAAUAAUGCAGAAUAGCUUAGCUCAGAAAACAUGGUGGCUAUAGUCUCACUAUAACAGACUUCCAGGGAAGGAUUUGCAGGAGAGAGCUAGCUUUCGAAUGUGUCUCCGUGAACUUUCAUUGCAGUUGUGUGGCUCUGCCAAUCAUCAGCCCGAGGUGAUGCGGCAUGUAAGUACGUAGCUUGGCUAGUUUCCUGCUUACCUACCAUUAUAGUUAGGAUGCCAUCCAACUAACCAGUUAUAAUAAUAAUAAUAAUAAUAAUAAUAAUAACUUUGUAUUUAUAUCCCACCCUCCCCAGCCGAAGCCGGGCUCAGGGUGGCUAACAACAAUAAAAUAAUGCAACAUUCUAAAAUCAUUUCAUUAUAAAAUUAAUUCAAAUCAAAUUGAUGGCAACCAUUGGACCAGAGCUCCGCGAAGAUUGCCGAGGGAGGGAGUCAGGCUGUGCCCUGGCCAAAGGCUUGGUGGAACAGCUCUGUCUUGCAGGCCCUGUGGAAAGAUAUCAAGUCCCGCAGGGCCCUAGUCUCUUGUGGCAGAGCAUUCCACCAGAUUGGAGCCACAGCCGAAAAAGCCCUGGCUCUGGUUGAGGCCAGCCUAACCUCUCUGUGGACUGGGACCUCCAAGAUGUUUUUGUUUGAAGAUUGUAAGUUCCUCUGUGGGACAUACCAGGAGAGGCGGUCCCGUAAGUACGAGGGUCCUAGGCCGUAUAGGGCUUUAAAGGUUAAAACCAGCACCUUAAACCUGAUCCUGUACUCCACCAGGAGCCAGUGCAGCUGGUAUAGCACCGGGUGAAUGUGAUAUCGCAGCGAGGACCCCGUAAGGAGUCUCGCCGCGGCAUUCUGCACCAGCUGGAGUUUCUGGGUCAGUCUCAAGGGCAGCCCCACGUAGAGCGAGUCACAAUAAUCCAGUCUGGAGGGGACCGGCGCGUGGAUCACAGUGGCUAGGUCAGGGCAAGAGAGGUAAGGAGCCAACUUGCUUGUGCAAUGGCUUUUAGUUGUGCUGUUUAACUUUCCUUCCCUCUCCUCUCCCUUUAGGAGACAUGUUGGGAGUGCUGAGGGCACAGAAGUUAACAUUGCGCAGCUAAAAAUCAUUGCACUAGUAUAACUCUGUAAUUGGAUACUGCCCUGUGUCUGUAUCUCAGUCUAAAAACAAGCUAGCGCUCUCUUCUCUUUUUCUUUCCCAUCAACUCUGGCUUCAUGUAACAGCCUAACAGAAACCAUUGAGGGGCUGCAGAACCAAGUCGAUGACCUACAAAAGCAGGUGGAAGAGCUGCAGAGUCUAGAUCAGCUGCGCAUCCGCCGGGAGAAGAGAGAGAGGCGCCGAACCAUCCAUACAUUCCCUUGCCUCAAGGAGCUAUGCUCUAGUCCCAGGUAAUCUGCAGCUGGAGGGGCGGUGCUUUGCGGGCAGACAAGGGAGAACAGAGUUAGGACAGCCAUUCCUUUGCAGGGGAAAGCUGUCUCGGGCAGUAUGGAACGUUCCAAGGCUGCAGCAAUAUUUUUCAUUCAGGGACCCAUGGGCAUUGCUAAUGGCAGAAAACAGAUGGAGGAAAGUUUAAUUUUAUAGACUAUACUGUGCUGGUGGGUGGAAGGAGAACAAAUAUUUACAGAGUGCGUUAAAAUAAUAAUAAUAAAAUUUGCUUUUUUGCCAGUUAAGCAGUUUCAGAUCCUCUCAAAAAAAUCCUAAAACCAAAGGGGGGGGGGGAAUGCAGAUAUCAGUUUUUGGCACGCAUACCAGUCUCAUUUCCAUCUCCCUCUAUUGCUGCCUGGUACACAGUUUGAGCAAAUUCAUAUGUAGAAUAGCAUUAUGAAUUCCAGAUUGGAGAGAGAACAGGUUUUAAUAAAAGAGGGGAAUAUUCAGUAAUGUCAGAAUCCCCAUUCUUGGAUAAGGAAGGAAGGAAGGAAGGAAGGAAGGAAGGAGGGAAGGAAAAGAAGCAGCGUAUUAUCAGAACAUCUUCUGUGAUUAUUUUUGUGCUCAGAAUGAUAACUUUAAUAGUGUUAUCACAACAGGACAGUUCUUUCCCACCCCCUUUUUUUGAAGCUAAGGACUGUGUGCCCUUGCUAUGCAUAUCUAGUAUAUAGGUAAUUUAAUUGUAUACCAAUAGUACCUCACUAGGGACGCGGGUGGCGUUGUGGGUAAAACCUCAGCGCCUAGGGCUUGCCGAUCGCAUGGUCGGCGGUUCGAAUCCCCGCGGCAGGGUGAGCUCCCGUCUUUCGGUCCCAGCUCCUGCCCACCUAGCAGUUCGAAAGCACCCCUAAGUGCAAGUAGAUAAAUAGGUACCGCUUUAUAGCGGGAAGGUAAAUGGCGUUUCCAUGUGCUGCGCUGGUGCCGGCUCGCCAGAGCAGCUUCGUCACGCUGGCCACGUGACCCGGAAGUGUCUCCGGACAGCGCUGGCCCCCGGCCUCUUAAGUGAGAUGGGUGCACAACCCUAGAGUUGGACACGACUGGCCCGUACGGGCAGGGGUACCUUUACCUUUUUAGUACCUCACUGUGGAGAACACGUGAGCUUUCCAGUCAUUCUGGGUACGCAUGUCACUUAAAAAAACAGUGUGCAAGAGACUGUGCACUCGUAUCCCCCCUAAAUGGUACCCCUGUCAAUGAAGAUUCAUAAAUAUUUGCCUGAAAACAAGGGGCUCUGCACUUUAGAAGCAGACUGACCUCAUUUUCAGAUGUUCCUUUCCAGCGCUAAGCUCAGAGAAAACCAGUUCUGCAGUCUACUCAACCCUUUGGUCUGCCAGCAAGUUCAUUGACAUAGUCUCCAUGUGGGUUGCAGGGGCACCAUCUCAGCUUCUCCCAUACCUGACAGCUCUUCCACCUGCAAUUCCACCCCUGUACUAGAGUAACAAAAGUUCCCAAUGCAUGCUCCUCCCCAAGAGAAGCCUGAUAGUCAGAGAGCUCAUUGAUCACCCACUCCAACUGCAAUUCUUCCCUCACCUUCUGAAGAUGUUCCUUUGGUGCAGGGAUCGGCAACCUAAGGCCCAUGGGCUACAAGCAGCCCACAGGGGUCAUUUAAUCGGCCCUUGAGCCGCCCCCAAACCGAGCUGCCUGCUCGGCGAGUCCCUGUGCGCUGAGCUAAACUGGCACAGUGCGGGGACUCGCUUUCAUGGCGCCUGAACUUGUGGGUGAGCACAAUCUGGCCCACAGAGGGAUCUCUGCUGGAGUGAACCGGUCCAGGCAAGGUAAACCUUGCUGACCCCUGCUUUGGUGUGUUUGCUUGUUCCAGCAGGAGCCGUCUAAACCAGCAACAUGCUGCAUUGCAAACACAAUCUGCUGAAAACCAGCAAGUGGAAUUUCUGCUGCUGUGAUGAAAGGAAUAUGCUAUUAGGCCAUAAGCUAACCCUAGGCAAAAUCUGUUCAGUGCCUAUAUGGAUGCUUGCCCCACAAUACCCCUGUGGUACUUUACCCAGAGUGCUGUAGGACUGUGUGUGUUACCUCAAUAAAACCUGCAUUUGGGUUUAUGUAGGUCGCAUUCACUCUGGGCCACUAAGAAUUUUCAGUACCAGCCACUGGUUCCAACCUAGAAUGGAAUGGGUCAUGGGGUGGGGGGAGGAGAUGGUAUGGCUCCUCCCACCCCACCCCACUUCCAUCUGUUUCAGCUAAUGAAUCUGCUUCAGGCAUCUUAAUCGGGGGGGGGGGAGAGAAAAUUAUAUAUGCUGACAGAGAUAAGCCAGUGUUUGUUUUCCAUAUUAUAAAAUGACUCAGGGAGAUGUUAUCCCUCUGGGAUCAUAUUUAUAACCAUCCUCCCUCUCACUCUGGACAGCUAGCUUCAGAACUAGCUAGCUCUUUAGAGACUUGGAGACAAACUUUCAGAGGUGAGCUGCCUUAACCCAUGGUAACCCAUGGAUUUUUUUUUUCUUUCUUUCUACAGCCUCUGGUCAAAUAAGUUUGUUUAGUGCUUCAGGCAGUAACCUGGAAAAUCAAAACAGGAUCCCAAAACUGUGUCUGACAUAGACUAGAACCAUAAGACGGCAGACACAGCAUCCAACCCCCUUCAGUGCAGGAAUCAGCUAACUCUUUCCUGUAAACGUUGCAGUGCUUAUAAUAAACAGAGCACAACACGUUUGUUUUUUAUUCAUCAUCAAAAUUCGCCUUAAAAUCGAUUAUUCCCUUGAAGCCUAUAGAUUGUCUGUCUUCUUCCUUAGGAAACUAAUCUUAAGUACAUGUAGCUUUCAUUUGCUCACACUCAUCCCUUCUUCCCUUUUCCUCCCUCCCUUCAUUGUCUUGCCUGCAGUUCUACAGCUGGGGCCCUUUUUUUGCUGAUAUUACUCUUAAGAACACCAUUCAUAGAGGUGUCACUAUAAGAACAAUAAUGAGUGUAUAGUAUGCUUAUGAAGUCCUUUGAAAAGAACAGUGUAAAGGUUUUCUUUAGGUCAGUUAAGCAGAACCGUACUUGGUUGGUGACUAGGGUUCAGUAUGAAACUCAGGAAAGAUAAGCAGAGUCCAGACAGCAAGUAUGCGAAGCAUAUGUUUGCCUGUUCCCCCAUGGAAGAAUUACUCCUGGCACAUAUUAAAAUAGCACAUCUCAAUAAGGGUUCACAUAUAUGUUGCCAUUUGGGGUGUGAUACAUAGGAUUCUGUUGUGUACGGAGGUAACUUCUCUGUUAACCUUUGCUGGACUUAUGGUACCCACCUAGGAAUCUAUAAUGAUUAGUUUGCUAAUGGCUUUUUUGUUUUUGUUUUUUGGAUAUCAGAUAUGAAGAUGCGUUCCAGAUUCAUAGCUCUUCAAUGGAGUUCAGUCAGAUGCCCUUGGAACGAGAGAAUGAGCGGCUGCAAGCAAUGGUGAAUUCCCUCAGGUCCCAAGUCAACCAGGAGAAACAGCGGAAGGAGAGGGUGGAGAGAGAGUACACGUCCGUCAUCCAGGAGUACUCAGAUCUUGAGCAGAGGGUGUGUGAGAUGGAGAACUGCAAGCUGCGCAUUAAAGAGCUGGAAGGAGAGUUACUGGAACUCCAGCAGAUGAAGCAAGUCAAGAAAUAUCUCCUCAGUAGAGAGGACAACCUGUCAGAAGCACUUCUGGAGCCACUGAACAAUGCCCCAGAAGCUGACUACAUUGACCUAACUGAGGAAGAUGGAGGUAGAAACCAUGAAUCGUCCAUGACAGCCUCCCCAAACCACCCUGUACGGAAAAGCUGUAGCGACACGGCCCUGAAUGCCAUUGUGACCAAGGAUGCUGUGAGCCGCCAUGAAGGCAACUACACACUGCAUGCCAAUAAUGUACGCAAGAGGGGGAUGUCAAUCCUGAGGGAGGUGGAUGAGCAGUACCAUGCCCUGCUGGAAAAGUAUGAGGAGCUCCUCAGCAAGUGCCGGCAGCACAAAGACAGCGUGCGCCAUGCCGGUGUCCAAACCUCCCGCCCUAUCUCUCGCGACAGCUCCUUUAGAGACUUCCGGGGAGAGGGUUAUGAGCUGGACGAGCUCAAGACGAUGGAGAAGAGCCUUAGCAAACACGUGGAGGCUGUAGACAAGCGGCUAGAGCAGAGCCAGCCAGAGUACAAAGCCCUGUUCAAAGAGAUCUUCUCCCGAAUCCAGAAGACGAAAGCAGACAUCAAUGCCACCAAGGUGAAAAAGAAGACCACAAAGUGAAUCCCGCUGCUUUGGCGUCACUGCGUUUGCCACAAGCAAAUUCAGCAUCGAGCUCUUCACUUCGGCACCAGGGAGCAUUGUACGGCCUCCUGCCUCCCAAGUCCUAGGAGCUUCUCACGUUGAUGUCUUCUUGCACAAAAAGGGAACCUCUUAGAGUGUUUCAGGAGUGGGAAGAGCCCACCUCACAUUCUUCGAAGUCAGUGCUCCAAGCUGCCUGGGUCCCUGGAUGUGCUGCAAAAAGCUCUCUGUCAUAGUUGUAGUUGGUACCCAAGAUUUUCCAAGGAAACCCUUCGCAUCACUGCAGCAGCCAGAAACCACGAACAGGAAAUUAAACAAACUAGCCACAGUAUCACCUUCUCCCGCGACCAGUUGGAUUUGCUUUCCAUCAAGCAACACAGCAACAAGCUUGGAUUUCUUACAAUGCCCUGGAAUACCCAGAACGUAAUAAUUUAAAACACCAGAUUCCAGAGGCAGCUUCCAUACAUGCACUCUUUUUCUUCAGUUUCCUUUCCCCCUUCUUCUUCCCAUGAAGAACCCACAGAUGCAUCGGCAAGACUUUUGACUGGACUUCUCUCUUUCCGGAAGGGGAGCAUGUUCUUCCUGUUUAAGCCAUCCUCUUAUUGGUCAGGUUUUUCAAUUUUUACAAUGCAAGCUCAUUGCAACUGGAAAAACUUGAAAAAAGAUUGCUGUUAUGUCUUCAUCAAGCAUACCUAAUUGUUCCACUCAUAUAAGAUAGGACAGAGUGAGCUUAGGUUUACACUUCCUCCAGUAUUUUUAUUUUAGGAAGUUAGUUGUCAUCACUUCGCUCAUUUAACCUGGGCUUUCCAAGAAGCCAAACAAGAAGUGCUAUUACUGGCUUGGAGAGACACCCUCGUCUUCAUUUGGGUGUUGCGUUUCCCAUGCCUUGCCGUUCAAGUGGUUUUUUCCUAAUUGUCUUUUGUGGCUGGCUCCUAAGACAUGAUUUGCAUGGGCUUGCAAAAACUGAAUAGUGAUGACUCAUGUUAAGUAGGAGUAAAUUCAGCAAAACACCCAAGUUCAGUUGUCAUCACUAAUAAUGUUGUUUAUCACACUAUUCCACACCGUCACUUGUUAGUUAACGCUUCCGUUGCCAAGCUGCCUUUUCCAAAGGCUGUCUCUACUCCAUUUAUACAUUCAACCUCGCUUACAUAUACCACACAUUUACACACAAAAGGCCUCUUCAGUCUCAGGAAUAAUCAGUAUCCAUUUCACAGAAAUACAGAAUUGGGAUUCUUUAGUCACAUGCUAAUAAGUGAUGGUUAGGGUCACGUGCAUAUAUGAAAAUAAGCAGUAUUAUAUUUCACUAAGUUUAGGGUACACAUGCCAGAGUUCUCACUUGUGAGGGGACAAUAGUAGCAAUGAUUAUUAACUUACCAAGCAGUAUUAUACUUGAAGAAAUUUUGGACCAGUUUCUUGUUUAGUUGUACCUGAAUAAGACCCAAAGUCUGUGAUGUUUCUUUGAAAUCAUGCUAGUGUAAAUGAGUCUGCCUUUUCAUUAUUUCCAAGCUUAUUCCUUCAUGUCCUCUCACUUUUCAGCACUGCGAUUCUCAAAUCGCACGCUUUGCAGUGGUCAGUAUUAACAGGCCCGAGCCAAGUGACUUGAGGACCAUGGCUCCUUACAGUUGGCUGCCAACAUUUCUGCUUCUUGCCAUGCUUUUACAUUUCAUGUUGGUAGACCUGGUUUUGACCUGAAGCGGAUUUUGUGAACUAAGUAAAUACAGGGUAAGAAGGCAAAUGUGUGGAAAGUCAAUGGUUAACAGAGUGAGAUUUCCACUCCUCUGCCAUCAGACUGUCAUCUCGUUAUGUGUUUGCUAGAUUCUUGCCAUGGGGGUCCUUGUGUUCAGCCAAUUGAAGUCACUUUUGUAAUGUGUGAAAGUAUUUUUGAGCAAGCCUGCCCAGGGGCUCUUCUUUCUGGAAAGAUUCUUCCUCUACUACUUAAUGCCAAAACUUCUUUUGUACCCUUGAUGUGGCCCAGCUUUUGAAGUAUUAGGAGCCAUAGACAUGAUUGUGGCUACCACUCUGGUAACCAUGAUGACAAACCUUCAUGCCUUACAGUUGAAAAAUCAAGUUGUCUGGGGGGUAAAAUAACAAAGGAAGUUGGUUUUCUUAAGAGCAUUUACCUUGCUCUGUUUGGCUGCCAUCAUGGCUGCUGAUGUUUUGAUUAACUUUCCUUUACUAUCUUUCUACUAAGGGACUUUUGAACGGAUGUUUGUUCUCAAGUCAUCUGUUUGUUGCAUCAGUAUUUGGGGCGGGAGGGGGCCAUUGCAAUCAUUCUUGGUUUUGAACACCGUUAAUGUGCAAACCAGCAUCCCAGUUUAAGUGUAGUAUACUUAAAAUUAAUAUAUUUAAAAAUGCUUUAUUCUCUUCUUAAAUAAAAAAAGAAACACCAGUAUUCUGAACACGGAAAUUUCUUGUGUUUAUUUCUUUGCAUUCCAGAAGUAGGCUUGCUGCUUUGAAUUCUCAGCAUCAUUUAGGUCAAGAAAAUGCUUUAGGCAUGAUAAAAAGUGGAGGGUAACCACCAGAAUGGAUGUGCUGCUUCUCUUUAUUUAUUACAUAACAGAUAGUUCCUGUUUUUGUGGGACGAGGACUCACUCUGUUAUUAAAAAGCACCCCUUUACACACGUCAACAUUCUGAACGCUCCAGUAGCUUGAAACAUUUUCUUCCAUGCUUGCAAAUGUCAGCUUUGAUUUCUUGAACACACUUCAGAGUAAUUACUCAUGCAAGCAAUGGGAUAUUAACACUUGCCUCAACAAAGGGACAGCUGCAUCGCUUUGCCAGUCAGUUCAGCAAAAUGCUGAGAGCAUAAUUUCUUUGACCAAAAAUAAUACUGGCUGUAUUGUGUACAAAAAAAAUCUAGUGAACUUGUCUUUCCACUGAAAAACAGAAUCUGCUUCCUACUUCUAUAGCGUAUAUCCGUCUUAAAGCUCCCUGGCAUGCUGUUCAUCAGCUGGAUCCUCAUUGUUGUGGAAACCUUUUAUACAGCCUGGGGUGUAAAUAGCAGAUGCGACCAGAAGCACAAUGGAUGGGACUCUUAACUUUGUACAAUAAGCUACAUUCCAGACACACAAAUCUGAGGAUUCUACACACAUCCGCACACCACUUAGGCAGCUGAGGUGUUAUCACAGGACAGUUUCCAGCCAGCCAGAAGCACUUGCAUGGAGCAAGCAGGUGAGCGGCAUCGCUUGGGAGAGAGGAUGUGGAUUCAGGAGAGUCUGAGAGCUAGAUAGCUGCAUUUCGUCCCCCAGGCCUGAGGUUCCUUACAGCUGCUCAACAUAAGAUGAAAACUUGACACCGGUUGAACUAAAGUGAUGGGC